CAUCGAGCCCACCUAGCCGCUGCCUCCUCCUCGCACACCCGCCCCCGUUCUAGAACCCUAGCCGCCCCAUCCCCGUGCCUUCCCGUGCUCGCUCCUCCCCUCCCUUUCCAGCUGCCACUCCCCUCCCCUCCCCGGUCUCUGUUCCGCCGUCAUCGCCAUUGCCACUACUGGCCAUCACCAUCGCCGGGAGGAGGCCGAGCGAAGCGGGCCGCUUGUACUGGAGACCAAGCCGCCUCUCCCUCCCGCGCGGUCGCGGCUUCCUCCUGCCCCACGUCGUCGUCCCUGCCCCAACCACCGCACCCUCUCCCUCCCCCUACCGUCGGCCUCUCCCCAGGCGGCGGCCAGAUCUGCCACCGCCACCUCUCCUCUCUCUCUCUCUGAUGUGUUUCGAUCUGUUUCAGGAACAAAUGUUGCUGCUAGCCUUGUAGUUAGUUAUGUGUUGUGUGUCAUUCUUUGACUGACUGCAAAUCAGUGUUCUGUAGGAGUAUAUGCCAUGUUAUAGAAAGAAGGUGCUCAAGUUGAACAUCUUUUGGUGCAUUUUUUGUUUCAACAACUGACACAUGUUAUGUUGGGUUCCCACUGAAGUGCAUAGACAAUGCAUUAUGAGGCAUCAUGAGUGGUAACGAAUAGCUCUUCGGGGGAUGCGGGCCCAAUGGGGUGUGUGCAUGCCUUCGCGGGUUCGUGCCUCGGUUGCUCCAGUGCUUGCUAUUACGCUCGACUUCCUAUUGUUAGUUGUAACCCACUUGCUUCGAUUUCCUCGUGGUAGUACCCCAUCAGUUUGAUGGAGAUCACUGAGCUGCGGGUUGGAACUGAUCAGUUCAUGUCCUGAGCCUUUAUAGCUUAGUUAUUGGGGCCUCUGGAGCGAUGGUGGUGGUGAAUCCCACAAGUUUCUGGUUGUUAAUAUUCCCUUACUUUGUCUAUUGUGAUUUGUCAACUAUCCUGGUUAUUAUCAUUCGCUUUAUGGCUAGAAAUGCUUGCACCUAUUUGGUGGUUAUAAUUGUCAGCCUUUUCCUUUUACUUGGCUUGUGGCUCACAAUUGGCAGUUGAUGAUACAUAUAUUUAGCACCUAAUUAAACAUCUUUUGUGGCAUGACAGGUUAAUUGAGAAUUCUUAUGAUUGUGUAGAUGUAUAUAAAGUUCCACGUACAUGAAUCUCCACUCAUCUGGUAAGAUUCCAAGCCAGACUAAUAUCGAAGCAAUUUCUGUUAAAGAUUUCCUGACCACCAUACUAUUAUGAAAGCAUUUUCUGACACGAGGUUGCAUCUUAAAAGUUGGGUGCUUGAUAAUUUCUCCAGGUUGAGACCCACUACACGAGUCUACCAUGUCUUUGAGAAAUAUAUGGGUGGCCUAAUUACGAUUUUGUUUCUCUGCAUUAUGUAAUUCAGGUUCAUGUAUAUUGCAGGUGGAUGAGCACAAUAUGAAACAUCGACAUCCCUAUUGCAUCCUUCCGAAGCACUAGCCCCUCUCAAGUUUAUAGGAAGUUGCUGAAAUCAAAGAGGAGCAGCAAAAGAUCGAUGAGGCUGCUAAAAUCAUGCAAGAUGUUGUUCAUUGAAGGGGUGCCACUUGGCUGGCAGCAGGAAGUAAGCCAUCAACAUCAUCAAGAUCCGCUUGAAGGACAACACCAUGGAAGAUGCUCAAUGACCAGAUCGUCGUCCUCUCCGAGAGGAGGGGCCAGCUCAAGCAGCAUUGAAGGGGUGCCACUUGGCUGGCAGCAGGAAGUAAGCCAUCAACAUCAUCAAGAUCCGCUUGAAGGACAACACCAUGGAAGAUGCUCAAUGACCAGAUCGUCGUCCUCUCCGAGAGGAGGGGCCAGCUCAAGCAGCAUUGAAGGGGUGUCACUUGGCUGGCAGCAGGAAGUAAGCCAUCAACAUCAUCAAGAUCCGCUUGAAGGACAACACCAUGGAAGAUGCUCAAUGACCAGAUCGUCGUCCUCUCCGAGAGGAGGGGCCAGCUCAAGCAGGUUGCCGCUGGAACUAGAUGGGGUCUCCAGCCAGCCGCCAUGUGGCUUGCAGUAGCGGUUGAUGCAAGUUAUCCUUACAUACGUAUAAGGGUCUUAGUACUUACUUAGUAUGACAAAGUGAAGAUAGAACUGAUGUAUUGAAUUAUUAAUGGGGUGGUUUCGAUGAGAACUGAAACCUUUUGCUUUCAAGGUUGGACACUGAUAUGAACUGUGAGUAUUUAAUAGAGAAAUUCAGUUCAUAUGGAUCAAAACGAAGGCAUGUAGUACCUCACAUGGACAGUGAUUAUUUGCCCAUUGUAGUACUUCAAAUUUGAUGAAGAAUUUAUUUCACGACUGAGACAUGGGAUUUGGAGAAUCUCAGUUCUGACAUGUAUAUUAAUCACCUUUAUUUUGUCAUGGUACUGAAUGUUCUGAUAUGGCACUAUAUGUUUUGUUUA